AUGGCGACGGUGAAACGGUACAACAAAGAGACCAAACGUUUCGUGGUGACCGUUGAGGGUGGCAGAGGCGACAAAAGCAUCAAGAUGGAGAAUCUUUUCAAGGUGGUGACUGGCUGCCAAGUGAAGCUGCAGGGGCUUGACUCCAAGCUGAAUGACCGAGCUGACAUGCCCAUGUGGUCUGAGGUUAAGAGCUUGAGAUACGACGCCACGCUGUCUGACGGACGGCAGGUGAAGGUAAAGCCGGCGAAUGUGGAGCUGGUGGCUGAGGCGCCGGUGCCGAGUGAUGAGGAGGCAUUCAAGGAUGAGGCCAUGGCGAACGGUCCGAACGAUGAAGGUCUGAUGUUCGAAACCUCCGAGGACGUGGAGGUUGUGCGGACCUUUGACGCGUUGGGCUUGAAAGAGAACUUGCUUCGAGGUGUUUAUGCAUAUGGUUUCGAACGACCAUCUGCAGUGCAGCAGCGUGCCAUUCUUCCCAUCCUGAAGGGUCGAGAUGUCAUUGUACAAUCACAGAGUGGAACAGGACAGACUUUGGUCUUUUGCUUGGCUGCCCUGCAGCAUGUUGACACCACUUCCCGCGAGCCACAGGCGCUCCUUUUGUCGCCGGCACGAGAGCUGGCAGAGCAGAGUCAGAAGCUUUGCUUGGCCCUGGGUGAUUACCUGAAUGUCCAAGUGCACGCGUGCAUUGGUGGCACGCGCGUCUCAGAUGACAUCCACACCUUUGAUGCAGGUGUGCAGAUCGUUUCUGGAACUCCUGGCCGAGUCUUCCACAUGAUUCAGCAGCGGCAUUUGAGCACCCGUCACAUCAAGAUGCUGGCACUGGACGAAGCAGAUGAAUUGCUCAAUAGGGGGUUUAAGGGGCAGGUGUUCGACGUCUACAGAUACUUGCCACCAUCCACUCAGGUUGUGCUGCUAUCUGCAACAAUGCCGCAUGAGGUUCUGGAGAUGACACACAAGUUCAUGAACAAUCCUUUCCGCGUCCUGGUGAAGCGCGAUGAGUUGACGCUUGAACACAUCAAGCAGUUCUUCGUUGCAGUGGAGCGAGAACAGUGGAAGUUCGACACCUUGUGCGACUUGUACGAUACUCUCACCAUCACACAGGCGGUGAUUUUCUGCAACACCAAGCACAAGGUGGACUGGUUGAGCCAAAAGAUGCGCGACGCCAACUUCAAAGUGGCGUCCAUCCACGGUGACAUGCCUCAAAAGGAGCGCGAUGCCAUCAGGCAGCAGUUCCGCUCUGGCACCAACCGAGUCUUGAUCACCACCGACUCGUGCGGCCGCAGCGUGCUGGCGCAGGCCAAGGUGUCCCUGGUGAUCUGUUACGACCUGCCCAACAACCGAGAGCUCUACAUCCACCGCAUCGGCCGCAGCGGCCGUUUCGGACGAAAAGGUGUGGCCAUCAACUUCGUGAAGAAUGAUGACAUUCGUAUUUUGCGCGAUAUUGAGCAGUUUUACUCCAUUCAGAUCGACGAGAUGCCCAUGAAUGUUGCAGAAAUUAUUUAA